AUGCGCAGCGAAGUGAGCAUGAAUCGCAUCACGGGGCAAAUACCACCCGGCAUCGCCACCCUCAGCAACCUCACAUCGCUUGCAGUCUCCUACAACCAAAUGUCUGGCGCGCUGCUGCCGGGGCUCGGCAACCUGCGGCAGCUGAGAACACUAAAUCUGCAGAAGCUGAAUCUGGGAGGCGCAGUGCCGGCAGCAUGGGCGGGCAUGGUGCCGAACAAGCUAGUGAGGCUGCUGCUGGGCUCAAGCUCGCACCCUUCCUGUUCCCCCUUUCCAUUCCCCCCUCCCCUUGACAGCAAUCUGCAGAAACUGAAUCUGGGAGGGGCGGUGCCAGCAGCAUGGGCGGGCAUGGUGUCUCUGAAGCACUUUGUGGCGUCGGCUACUCGCAUGCGCGGCCGCUUCCCCUCUGUGCUGCUCAAGCUGCCACGUAUAGAAGACAUCGUGCUCUAUAACAACUUCCUGUGGGGCCAACUACCGCCUGCUGCCCAGCUCUUUGCUCCCAAGGCACUCACGCACCUCGACGUGAGCGGCAACUACCUCAGUGGCGCCGUGCCGAAGGUGCCUGCAGGCCGCCAGAUUGAAUUCAGGUUCUCCUCCAACUGCUUUCUGCCGAAACCAGGCCCCAAGUGCAAGCGCUCAUAG